GGGGAUGGUGCCCAUUAUCCCAUCCCAUCCCAUCCCAUCUGGGGACGGCUCUGCUUGCACAACCGGCGGGGAGAGCUGUGGCACAGAGGAGAGCUGUGGCACAGAGGAGAGCUGUGGCACAGAGGAGAGCUGUGGCACAGAGGAGAGCUGUGGCACAGAGGAGAGCUGUGGCACAGAGGACAGUUGAGGCACAGAGGAGAGCUGUGGCACAGAGACAGCAGCAGGCUGCUGGGCAGCCGGCAGCCGGGCUACGGGACGCUGCAGCCGGACACCGAGAGAUCCCGCAUGGAGGUCACAGGCUACCAGACCACGACGUGGCGAGUGGCCCUGUGCCACGCCUGCUCCGUGCUGACGGCCGGGCUGCUUCUCGUCCUCUUCCACUGGAAGCCCAGCCUGGAGGUGCAGGCAAAGUGCAGACCCUGUGCCCUCAGCCAGGCUGACUGGGUCAUCAUCAGAGACCGGUUCGGACAGUGCUUCACCACCCGCGUGCGCACGGAGACGCUGGGCGAGGGCAGCCUGGAGCAUCACCCUGGGGCCAGACUGGAGGACCGGAGGAGCAGCAUCGCCAUCGGCGUGUCGGAUGAGGAGGAGAGUCGGGACACCAUCCGGCUCCACCAGAAGGAAGAGAAGAACACCUUGCGGUACUACGUGUUCGAGGGCAUGCGUUACGUGUGGAUCGAGCGGCGGCAGGCGUACUGCAAAGUCAGUGUCUUGGAUGAAGGCUGGACCUGCGCAGAUCUCCACCUCUCCCAGGCUGGGCUCGACCAGCAAGACCACAACACCAGAAGGAAGAUCUAUGGGCCAAACCUCAUCGAGGUGCCUGUCAAGUCCUACGCGAGGCUGUUGGUGGAGGAGGUGCUCAACCCCUUCUACAUCUUCCAAGUGUUCAGCAUCGUGCUGUGGGUCUGUGACGCCUAUUACUACUACGCCGCCUGCAUCUUCCUCAUCUCCACCAUCUCCUUAGGGCUGUCCCUCUACGAGACGAGGAAGCAAAGCACCACGUUGCAAAACAUGGCCAAGAUGUCAGUGGGUGUCCGUGUCCAUCGGCCCAGUGGAGAGGAGAUGGUGGUGAGCUCUGCAGACCUGGUGCCAGGGGAUUGCAUCAGUUUGCCCUCGGAUGGACUGUUGGUCCCUUGUGAUGCUGCGCUGCUGACGGGCGAGUGCAUGGUCAACGAGAGCAUGCUGACAGGGGAGAGUGUGCCAGUGAUGAAAACCCCUCUCCCAGCUGGCAGCCAGGCAGCCAGGGCUGUGUACUCCCCCGAGGAGCACCGGAGGCACACCUUGUUCUGUGGCACACAGGUCAUUCAAGCCAAGUCCUACGUGGGCACAGAAGUGCUGGCAGUGGUGACCCGCACAGGGUUUUGCACAGCUAAAGGGGAUCUCAUCAGCUCCAUCCUCUACCCUAAACCCGUGAGCUUCAAGUUCUACAAGGAUGCUGUGAAGUUUGUCCUGUUCCUCGCCAUCCUGGCUCUUAUCGGCACGCUCUACAGCAUCCUCAUCUUGGUUAGAAACCAGGUCCCCGUGGGGCAAAUCAUCAUCCGUGCCCUUGACCUCGUCACCGUCAUCGUGCCCCCAGCUCUGCCAGCUGCAAUGACAGUGGGCACCAUCUAUGCCCAGAACAGGCUGAAGAAACAGGGCAUCUUCUGCAUCAGCCCUCCUCGCAUCAACCUCUGCGGGAAGAUCCGCCUGGUUUGCUUUGACAAGACAGGCACUCUGACAGAGGAAGGUUUGGAUGUCUGGGGAGUGGUCCCUCUGGAGAAUAACUCCUUCAUGCCCAUUGUCCAUGAGCCUCGCUGCCUGCCUGCUGGGCCCUUGCUCUACUCCUUGGCCACCUGCCACACGGUCUCACUGCUGCGGGCACAGCCCGUGGGGGACCCCGUGGACCUCAAGAUGAUGGAAUCCACGGGCUGGCACCUGGAGAUGAUGGAGGAGGAGGAAGGCGAGCUGCCCACCUUCCAGUUUGGGACAAAGGUCCUGGCUGUGAUGAAACCCCCUCCUGAAGAAGAACAGCCACGAGACAGGAAGCACCAGUCAGCCCUGGGCAUCCUCCGGCGGUUCCCCUUCUCCUCCUCCCUGCAGAGGAUGAGUGUGGUGGUGAAGCUGCCUGGAGAAGCCUCAGCCCAUGUCUACGUCAAGGGUGCACCAGAGAUGGUGGGAAGCCUGUGCAGGAGAGAAACAGUGCCCCUGGACUUCUCCCAGAUGCUGCGACACUACACCACAGAUGGGUUCCGGGUCUUGGGUCUGGCUUUCAAACCCCUGAGCCCUGUGCCCAGCUUUGAGGAGGCUCUGCACCUCCCCAGGGACUCUGUGGAGAGCAGCCUGACCUUCCUGGGCUUCCUUGUGAUGAAAAACGUCCUCAAGCCAGAGUCUGCACCUGUGAUUCACCUCCUGAGGAACGCCAACAUCCGCCCAGUCAUGGUGACAGGGGACAACAUGCUGACGGCCGUGAACGUGGCCAGGGGCUGCCGCAUGCUGGAGCCCAGAGAGAGGGUGGUGUUUGUCAAUGCCUCCCCUCCUGGCCAUGACAAACCUGCUGCUCUGAAGUUCAUCCUGGCUGACAACACCCAGGGGGAAGAGCAACCAGAGGGUCUGUACCAGCAGGAUGGCUGCUGCCUCCCCCCACAGCCCUGUCACUUUGCUCUCAAUGGCAGAUCCUUCGCCGUGGUUUGCGAGCACUUCGCCGACCUGCUGCCCAAGAUCCUCAUCCGAGCCACGGUGUUCGCCCGCAUGUCGCCUGACCAGAAGACUCAGCUGGUGUGCAGCCUGCAGGAGCUCAACUACUGUGUGGGGAUGUGUGGGGAUGGUGCCAAUGACUGUGGGGCUCUGAAGGCAGCUGAUGUUGGCAUCUCGCUGUCGGAGGCCGAGGCGUCGGUGGCUUCGCCGUUCACCUCCCGCGUGGCCAACAUCAAGUGUGUGCCCACGGUCAUCCGGGAGGGCAGGUGCUCCCUGGUCACCUCUUUUGGUGUCUUUAAGUACAUGGCCCUGUACAGCCUCGUGCAGUUUGUGUCUGUGCUGCUGCUCUACACGAUCAACACCAACCUGAGUGAUUUCCAGUUCCUCUUCUUUGACCUGAUCAUCACCACCACCGUGGCAGUGCUGAUGGGUCGCACUGGUCCAGCCCAGGACCUGGGAGUGGAGCGUCCCCAAGGGGCAUUGAUCAGUGUCCUGGUGCUGGGCAGCCUCCUCCUCCAGACAGCUCUGCUCAUCACCCUGCAAGUCCUCAGCUACUUCAUCACCAUCUCACAGAGCUGGUAUGUUCCACUGAACAGCACAGUGACAGCUCCCCAGAACCUGCCCAACUAUGAGAACACUGUCCUCUUCUGUGUCACUGGCUUCCAGUACCUGAUCCUGGCCGUGGCCAUGUCCAAGGGGCACCCGUUCCGGGAGCCGCUCUACACCAACGUGCUGUUCUUGGUAGUCCUUAUCCUCCUUUUUGGCCUCAUGAUAUGGUUGACCCUCUACCCACUGGGCUUUCCCAAAACCCUGCUGAAGCUGCAGGGCAUCGACGAUUUGAAUUUCAAGCUGCUGCUGCUGGGGAUCGCUGCCCUCAACUUCUUUGCUGCCUUUGUGCUGGAGACCGCCCUGGACCAUGGUUUGCUGAGCUGCCUGCGCAAGCUGCGCCGCAAGAAAGCAUCCAAGAAGCUUUUCAAGAGGCUGGAGAAGGAGCUGAGCCAGCAGCAGCCAUCCUGGCCACCCCUUAAUGAACCUCUCUUUGCUACACCCAAGAUGUCCAUCGCUGUGAGAUAGCAACACGCUGGGCUGAGCCUCCCUGCCCUUCCCGUGGGCAGCUGCUGCCCAGCAGCCCUUGGGCACUGCUCCAUGGCUAUUUAUUUAUCCUGGUGAAUCGUGGGGUGCAGAGGGCAGAUUCCCACAGGGAGACCCUCAGCAUUGCAGCUGUGAAUUGCCCACUGAUCCCUGCAGAUGGGAGGAAGAGAAACAAACUGGGAGAGAAGGUCCAGAAGAGUCACAGAAUCCCAGCAUGGUUGGGGUUGGAAGGGCCCUGCAGAGCUCCUCCAGCCCAACCCCCUGCUAAAGCAGGUUCCCCUGGCUCAGGGGGCACAGGAACAUGUCCAGGUGGGUUUGGAAACCUCCUGAGAAGGAGCCUCCACACCCUCCCUGGGCAGCCUGGGCCAGGGCUCCCUCACCUCAGCACCAAAGGAGCUUCUCCUGUGACAGUGGAAUUUUUUAUGUUCCAGCUUGUGUCCAUCACCCCUUGUCUUGUCACUGAGCACUACAGACAGAACUGUCCCCCCAUCCUCCUGACACCCACCCUUUAGGUACCUGUAAGUGUUACUGAGCCUCCUCCAGACUGAACAGCCCCAGGUCCUGCAGCCUUUCCUCAUAAGAAACCUGCUCCAGUUCCCUCAGCAUCUUGGGACCCCUGCACUGGCCUCUCUCCAGCAGUUCCCUUGAACUGGAAAGUCCAGAACUGGACACAGGACUCCAGAAGAAGAGAAAUAGUCCAGUUGAACUGUUCCUCCAGGACCCACCCUGCUCCUUUACUGGCCUCAGCCCCAUCUCCCCACACUGGGCACUGUCACCCUUCUGCAGGGGGGAGCCACUUCCCUUUUCCUCUCCUGGCUGAUGAAAACAACCACGAAGAGGGUCCCCAGUCUCACUGUGAAGCCUCCCUCUGCCUCCCACCACAGCUGCCCUGGAUGUGUAGGAACUGUUUACAAACCUCCCUGUCUCUGGCUUGCCAAGGAUGCUGCUCAAUCCCCAGGGGCUGGCCAUGAGCCUCCCUCUCCCUGCUUGCCACACUCCUGCAGAGCACUUCUUUCAGACAGGAGCUUUGUAGCAUUAAAAACCCCAAAACACCCCCACAUCUCUUUGGUUUUUAGCUCAGCUGCAGUGCAUGGAGAUGUCAGUGCAGUCAGGACAAGGACACACAGCUUUUGGCCUCCCCAUGGGGCCAUUGUGAGCCUUGGCUAAUAAAUUAACACUAUUUUCUUGAGCA